AUGACACAAAUUGGAAGUAGGAUAAGUGAAAGUGGAGCUUCAAAUGACAGCAUAUCUAACACCUCGUCUCCCAAGGAGGUUGAAGUUAAUGUUGAUACUUCAAAUAAAAGAAAAAUCAUGGAACCUAGAGCUGCUUGUUGGAAGCAUUUUGACAAGUUCAUUGAUGAAAGUGGAGCUAAGAAAGCCAAAUGCAAGUAUUGUGAGAAACCUUAUGCAGCUUCUACAUCGAAUAAUGGUACGUCAACAAUGAAUAAUCAUAUGAGAAUAUGUCCUAAAUUUCCUCGUGACACCGUAGAUAAAGGUCAACAUCUAAUUAAUUUUCUACCAUCUUCAACGGGAGCAAAAGAAGGGGUGAUUAGCACUUGGAAAUUUGACCAAACACAAAGUAGGAGAGCUUUAGCCAAAAUGAUAAUUGUUGACGAGCUACCGUUUAGUUUUGUUGAGAAAGAGGGUUUUAAAAACUUCAUGAGAGUUACAGUGCCACAAUUUCAUAUUCCUUCUCGUAGAACCGUGACGAGAGAUUGUUAUGAACUAUACCUUGAAGAAAGACAACUUUUGAAGAAGGUUUUCAAAGAAGCACGUCCAAGAGUUUGUCUUACGACAGAUACUUGGACCUCUAUACAAAAAAUCAACUACAUGUGCCUGACAGCCCACUUUAUAGAUAGAAAUUGGACUUUGCAUAAAAGAAUAAUAAAUUUUUGUCCUAUUUCUAGUCAUAAGGGCGGGGAUAUGGCAGCUUGCAUUACUAAUUGUUUGCUUGAAUGGGGUUUGGAUAAUGUGUUUACUAUUACAGUUGAUAAUGCUAGUUCUAAUGAUGUUACUGUGAAAGAAAUGUCUAAACAAUUGAGUAAUUGGGGAACUAACAUUAUGGAUGGUGACCAUCUUCAUGUGAGGUGUAUGGCACAUAUCCUUAAUCUUAUUGUGCAAGAUGGGUUGAAGGAAAUUGGUAAGUCUGUCAAGCUAGUGAGACAAGCGGUGAAGUACAUUAAACAAUCUCCCGCAAGACUUAGAAAGUUCAAAGAAUGUUGUGAAUCUCAAUUGAUAACUUGUAAGAAAUCAUUGUGUUUAGAUGUUCCUACUAGGUGGAACUCUACUUAUUUGAUGCUUGAUGUAGCACAACAUUUUGCGCUUGCAUUUGAGAGAUAUAGUUUUUAUGAUAUUGGAUACUUGAAUCAUUUUCGUACCUUUGGUUCUGUUUCUUCUGAAGAUGAAAAUGGAACUAGUGAUGUAGAUGGAACUAGUGCAAAUAUUCUUACAAGUGAUAUUCUUACAAGUGCUGACUGGAAAAAUGUGAGGUCAAUGGUGAAAUUUCUUGAAACCUUUUAUGUACUUACUUUGAAGGUCUCUGGUUCUAAUUAUGUCACUAGCAAUACACACUUUGUUGAAAUUGCUGAACUUAAUCUUAUUUUGAAAGAGAUGAUGGAAAAUGAAGAUGGUAAUUUGAAAGAAAUGGCAAAAAGUAUGAAUGAAAAGUUCAAAAAGUAUUGGGGUGAACCACAUAAAAUGAACAAGAUGAUCUUUAUUUCAUCCGUGUUGGAUCCCCGUAACAAGCUUGAUUAUGUUCCAUUUGCAAUUGGGGAUAUGUUUGGAAAAGAAGUUGGGGAUGAGCUAUGUUCAGAAGUGAAAAAAUACAUGAACAAAUUAUUUGAUUAUUAUGUUGAGAAAUCCUCAAAAAGCUCUUUACAUGUACCAUCUUCACCCACUUCAUCUGACAACUCAUCAAGUAUAUCUAGUGUGCAUGGUUGUAACAACUUUGUAAAUAGAGGAAGAAUGAGAACGAAACAACAAUUUGAGAAGCAUAAAGAAGUUAGUGGAAGUUUAGGUAGUAAAUCAGAAUUGGAAAGAUAUCUUGCCGAAGAUAUUGAGCCAGAUAAUGGUUCGUGA